CGAAUGCCAAAAAUGUCUGAGCACACACCAGCUCCAUACAGACCUCGUUCUGUCUACGGAUAUGCAUUAUAUAUCGGCUCUAAUAUGUUAUUCUUCCUGUAUUUGGUUUGGGCAGUGGUUCCAGAAAAUUUCUUCGACGAAAAACUCGGCCUCACUUACUGGCCAGUUAAAUAUUGGGCAGUAGCUAUUCCCAUUUGGGCAUUGACUGCAAUCGCUAUUUUCGCCUUUAUUAUCUAUCCGGGGAUCAAUAUGCUGAUGACACCGGAUAUUGAUGACAUUAGAACUAUAAAGGAUCAGUAUUCCCUCGUUCAGAGUGAACACAUACCUGGAGGCAUCCCACCAGUUUCUGACUUACCCAUCACUGAUGUUUGCAGACGAUUAUAUUUGAAAGAGAGAGUUAAUAAACAGCAUUGAUACAAAAUAAUCGUUUUCGUGGAGGAAUUCAAAUAUUUUUAUAAAGGAAAAUCUCAAUUUGUGGUGGCCGCUCUAAAUAACAGGGUAAAAAUAUUACAUCACAAUAUCUCAGUUUUUAAUAUUAUCAUGGAAAAUAUCACGAUGAAAGAUAUUAUUGGCAAUAAUGUCAGAAAAUCAAAAUAUCACAGUGGGAAAUGUUAUUGAUAAAAAUGGCAUGUACUCGAAACAUCCUAAUGAUCGUAAGUACAAUUCUCAUUUUCGUCAUCCUGUCGCGAUAUUCCAAUCGUUUAUUUUCUCUUGGAUUUGUUUUGCGGAAUUAUUGAUUGUUCAGUAUUUUAUUUACUGGGCUUACUUAGAUAUUGAUUUUCAUACCCUGUGCAUCUGAUAUACUGAUUUUGGGCCAUUAUUAGUUUAUGAUAUUUUAGAUCGUAUAAGUUUUGAACUGUGGUAUUUUUAUUGUGAUGUUUUUCAAUUCAACAUCACUAUUGUCUGUCAUUUAGAGCGGUAACUCAAUUUGUUUAAAAUUAUUUCAUUCCCCUGAAUCCUAGGGUAUUAAAGUUCGGAGUUUUCCCCACGCGCUAAAUUCAGUCUGAAAUUUUUUGUUUAUGGACAUUAUUUAGGUGUUAAAUAUUUAUGGCGUUGUUACUAUGGAGUCUUUCUGCAUACCUUCACCGGGCAGAAAAUCCUGUUAGCAGUUUUUUUUGUACGAAUCAACCCCAAUCCACAAUGUAAAAAAAAAAACACAAAAUGCACUAUGAGUGCAGCGAAAUUAUACAGCACUUAUACGGGCAAUUGAUAAAUAAAUAUAAUUGCAAAUAAAUGAUCGACGAUCAAUUUCGUCCCGCGUUUUUGUUUCAUUCCACUCGUAAUAUAAACGUUCUACUUAAGUCUUGAUGUUUUUAGUAAAGUCUAUCAAGUUCAUUUAACAACUACGAACUUGUAUCGAGCAAUAAAUGAUUAUUUAUUAUGAAAUCGUGAGAAGUCUUUUUUUUCAGUCCAAAAAGGGGUUCAAUAUGAUAUCACUUGUUAUCAAAAUGUCUUCAGCAUAUAAUGAUGAAAUUAUUUCAAUUCAUGUUCCUCGAGAAAACUGUGAUAAAAUUAUUUUUACGUCAGUAAAAAUCAUGUAUGCGAACAGUGAAUUUAAAAUUAUCUUGAUUCAUUCUUUAUAUUGUAAAUGAAUUUUUAUACUCCGCUGACUAAAAUAAUCCAUUAAUUAAAAAAAUUCUUCCUUCUUUCUUUAAAGUGUUAAUUUGAGAUUAACAUUUUAUGUAUUAAAUUUUUUAUAAAAAACAUAUCUUGAACAUUUUGAAAUCGAGAAGAUUUUACUAAGGAUCUCAUUGAAUUUGGUGAUGAUUUGAUUUAUAAUUAAUUAUGUAACCAAUGAAUGAAUUAUUGAAAUAAUGAUUAGAUGAAAAAAAUCAAUUACAAUCACUUUAUGCAUUUAUAAUAUAUAUAUACAUAACACAACAGUCAUACUGGUAAUUCACGAAUAAGUUGCUCGUUUUUUAAUAUUAUUUUUUGACAAAUAAUUCUAAAUUAUACAAAUAUUUAGUCUCCAGAGUGUAGUACAUGGUUAACCAAUAUUUUUCAAUAUUUUUUCAUUAAUUAUUCAAUUUAUUUUUCUGUUUUAUCAUCUAGAUUCAGACAUGUUACAGACUGCGUACGCGAAAAAAAAAUUACUCGAGAUUUUUGUAUGCGUCAGUAGUUUUUCAGUAAUUGUUUAUAUUAUUAUAUAUAUAACUAUCUGGUACUACCUAAGCUCGUAAAUGUGAUGUCUCAUCUAGAAUUUCGUGAACUCAUGAUUGAAAAGAAUAAUAUAAUUGUUGAAAAAUAGGCGAA